GAUGGAGAUGCAGUCGUACUACGCCAAGCUGCUGGGCGAGCUCAACGAGCAGCGCAAGCGGGACUUCUUCUGCGACUGCAGCAUCAUCGUGGAGGGCCGCAUCUUCAAGGCGCACAAGAACAUCCUCUUCGCCAACAGCGGCUACUUCCGCGCGCUCCUCAUCCACUACAUCCAGGACAGCGGGCGCCACAGCACGGCCUCCCUGGACAUCGUCACCUCCGAGGCCUUCUCCGUCAUCCUCGACUUCCUCUACUCCGGGAAGCUGGACCUGUGCGGGGAGAACGUCAUCGAGGUCAUGUCGGCGGCCAGCUACUUGCAGAUGACCGACGUGGUCAACUUCUGCAAGGCGUACAUCAGGUCCUCGCUGGAUAUCUGCCGCAAGAUCGAGCGGGAAGCCCCCUUCCUGCAGGCGGACAGCGGCGGCGUGGAGCUGGUGGUGAGGGCCGCGGGGAGCAGCGAGUGCCCCGAGGCCGUGAACUCCUCGCUGCGCAAGGAGCCCAAGGUGGAGCUGGACUCGGACGGCGCCGAGGCGGACGCGGGCGGGCGGCCGCAGCCGUAUCCGCCGCCGCUGUCCCUGGAGCAGCUGGACGAGGCGCUGCCCGGCGCGCCGCCCGGGGACCUGGCCUGCAACAACUACCACAUGAAGCAGUUCCUGGAGGCCCUGCUGCGCGGCGGCGCGGCGCACAGGAAGGACGAGGUGGUUCAGCACUUCGUGCGGGGCCUGGAGGGGAGGCCCGACGACGCCGGCGUGCCCGUGAGCUCCGUGAUGGACAUUCACAGCGACUGGUACGGUGAGGAUGCAGGUGAUGUGUUAGUUGUGCCAAUCAAGCUUCACAAAUGUCCAUUCUGUCCCAAACAAAAAAGAAUACUAAAACGGCACAUUCGCUCUCACACAGGUGAGAGGCCCUACCCCUGUGAGACAUGUGGGAAGCGUUUCACUCGGCAGGAGCACCUCCGGAGCCACGCUCUAAGUGUGCAUCGAUCAAACAAGCCCAUUAUCUGCAAAGGCUGCAGGAGAACGUUCACGAGCAGCAUGUCCCAAGGGCUGCGCCGCUUCGGCUUGUGCGAGAGCUGCAUGUGUGUGACCACCACCCACGAGGACUCCAUGCCCAUUAACCUCAGCCUCAUGGAAGCCUCCUCGGAAGGCCAGGAUAAGGGCGAUACGGAUAAUGACUGGCCCAUAUAUGUGGAGUCUGGAGAGGAAAAUGAUCCUGCCGAGGAUGAUGAUGGUGACGAUAAGCAGGAAAUCCACAGGAGCUUAUUGGACCGAGAAACACUUAUGUACGAGACACUCACGAGGGCUCCCCGUCCUGCGGCGGCUGCGGGGGCCCCCGCGCCGCGCGGCCCCUUCGGGAGCGGGUGGCGGCUGUCGCACACGCAUCUGCCAAAUAACGUAGCAACUCUCCAUUUCACCUUUUCUGGAAUGGAGAUUUCUUCUCACCAAUUCCACCUCCUGCAACAACUAAAUGAGCAGCGCAGGCAGGACUUAUUCUGUGACUGCAGUAUCCUGGUUCAGGGGAAGGUCUUCAAAGCCCAUCGCAAUGUGCUGUUCGCCAGCAGUGGCUAUUUCAAAAUGCUCCUUUCACAGAGUUCAAAGGAGACCAGUCAGCCAACAACAGCUACUUUCCAGGCGUUUUCCCCUGACACGUUUACAGUCAUUCUAGAUUUCGUGUAUUCGGGCAAACUGUCUCUUACUGGCCAGAAUGUCAUUGAGGUCAUGUCGGCAGCUAGCUAUCUGCAGAUGACGGAUGUGAUCAGCGUGUGUAAAACGUUCAUUAAGUCAUCGCUGGACAUCAGUGAGAAGGAGAAGGAUCGCUACUUCAGCCUUUCAGACAAGGACGUCAACUCAAACGGCGUGGACCGCUCCUGCUUAUACGUUGCUGGCUGGAGGGCAGAAAGCAGCCCGCCACGUUCUCACUUAAAUCCAGAUCAAGGGACAUGUAUGAUGGGUGGAAGCGCUUGGAGCAAUUUGAGCUACUACCCAACUUCCCAAAGAAAUACACCGCUGUCCAAGCAUGAGCAGAGGCAGGAUUCCAUAAAAAAAUCCAGGCACCUAGGACCGCAGCAGUCGCCUGACAUUCCUCACUGUAAAUCAAGCAAACUUGAGGACAGAGCUUCAGAGCCGAGUGGCCACGUUACUCAAUCUGAGGAGCAAGUUCAGAUUGAAGAAGUUGAAUCUCCGCAGGUGGGAUACCAAUACACUCAAGGCUCUGAUGUGAUACCAAGGGGUUUAGCUGCAUCACAGCAAGGGCACGAAUCACCCCGCUCUUCUGGAAUAUCCAAUUCUUCGAACGCAGACGAGCCGCACACGAGCAUGCCUUCCAUUCUAAGUGUCACGGGCAGCUGGGCUGAAGAUGAUCUGCCCAGGAUGAGGUUCAAGUGUCCAUUCUGCACACAUGUGGUGAAAAGAAAAGCAGACCUAAAGCGUCACCUUCGCUGUCACACAGGAGAGCGCCCUUAUCCUUGUGAGGCAUGUGGAAAAAGAUUUAGCAGGCUAGAUCACCUAAGUAGCCAUUUUCGAACAAUUCAUCAGGCUUGUAAGCUUAUCUGCAGAAAGUGUAAACGCCACCUGACUGAGCGAACGGGACAAGUGGUCCAGGAGGGGACAAGACGUUACAGACUCUGUAAUGGGUGCUUGGCUGCAGCUGGCAUAGACAGUAUUCGCAUUGACUUGGACGCUGAAACACCCCUUGAAUUCCCACAAGAAGGGGAUAAGGAUUCCAGGUGGCACUAUGGGGAAGACAACAAAUCCGAUGUGGAGAUUGUAGAAGAUGGGUCAACCGACUUGAUCAUUCAGCAGGUUGAUGACAGUGAAGAUGAAGCAGAGGAAAGGGAAGUUAAACCCAAUAUUAGGUAGUUGUGAGAUAAGAAUUAGUAAAUUAUCCCUUUUACAUUGAAUUCCUGUGUCUUGACCACAAUCCCUCACCAGCCUGUUCUUUUCAUACAAAGACAUACUGGUUUCUCUUGAACAGGUCCAAACUUGCAUGAAUUUAUGGACAUGCCAUUGAUCCCAUUUUGAAUUUUGUUAUCAAAAUAUCUGUAUUUUGCUUCAUUAGAAAUAAU